UUGCAGUUCCUCUCCGCGGCCACAGGGGGCGCUCUGUUUGUUUACAUCUUGUAUUAUUUUAUUUAACAUUUAAUCUGACUGGAUCUUUUUUAAUUCAUCUCAAUCCGACACAAUCAUCCGGACCUGUUAACAUAAGCUCCUUCAGGUUCUGGUUCCGGCUCGGUGUGUCCCUGUCCGCUCGCCGUCCGUCCUGUGGGUGUGGACAGAGACGUAAUGGCGGCGCGGCUCUGCUAACAGCUGAGGUUCUGCUGCUGGUUCUGCUGCUGGUUCUGGUUCUGCUGCUGGUUCUGCUGCUGGUCGGAGCUGGGAUGCUGAGUCAGGAUGGGAAACCUGUUCGGAAAGAAGAAACCGAGCCGAGUGACGGAGCAAGACAAGGCGGUGCUGCAACUGAAGCAGCAGAGAGAUAAACUGCGGCAGUACCAGAAGAGGAUCCACCUGCAGCUGGAGAAGGAGAGGCGUCUGGCCAAGCAGCUGCUCAAAGAUGGGAAGAAAGAGAAGGCUCUCCUCCUGCUGAAGAAGAAGCGUUACCAGGAUCAACUUCUGGACAAGACGGAGAACCAGAUCGGGAACCUGGAGCGCAUGGUUCAAGACCUGGAGUUCGCCCAGAUCGAAAAGAAAGUCAUCGACGGGCUGAAGGUUGGAAAUGAAUGUCUGAAGAAGAUGCACGAGGUGAUGUCCAUCGAAGAAGUGGAACGAAUUCUGGAUGAAACUCAAGACUCGAUCGAGUAUCAGAGGCAAAUAGACGAGAUGCUGGCAGGUUCGUUAUCGCAGGAGGACGAAGACGCCGUGCUGGCCGAGCUGGAGGCCAUAACUCAGGGAGACGCUGAGCUUCCCGACGUUCCCUCAGACGAGCUGCCAGAAGUCCCAGCAGCCUCCGAGGAGAAACCAGAGAGGGAUCGUCCCAGGAAGAAGCCAGAGCGAGAGCUCCUCGCAGCGUAGAUCUCCUCGCAGCGUAGACCUCUUCGCAGCGUAGACCUCCUCCACAUAAAGCUUCAACCACACAAACAUUCAGAGAAGCAGCCGCUCUCAGAUUCUGAGCUUCCUCCACGUCAUCCAGCCGCUGCUCGUCCUCGUCGCCUGAAGGUGAUCGGGACCGCCUCAUGAUGGAGGAGCGCUGAUUUGAACCACAUGACCUGUGACAUCACAUAAUCGUGCCUAACCUGCGUUUUUAAUCAUUGUACGUUUAAGUUAAAUGCAUGUAUGUACUCACUGUAAUUCACCCUGAUUGCUGAUUGUCGGUUCAUCUACAGUCUGUGAAGGGUCACUUCAUCAGAUCAUCCUGUUAGUGUCUGUCUGCUGUGACUAAACAUGCAACCAAACGAACCAAUCAAUAACAUAAAGAGGUUUCCAGUCUUUCAUGGUUUUAUUUGUGCUUCAGAUACUGAAAGAUGACUCGGCAGAAUCUCGCUCCAGCGUCACACUCGCACGUAAUCCAGAUUAAACCUGUUCACCACCAAAUCAAACGUAAAGGAUCAUUUGAAAUUCUUGUCUUUGCGUUCAUUCGUCAGGAUAUCAUUGAUGGAGAAAGAAGACGUUUAAUUCAAAUUUAAACUCUGCUGACAGACGGCGGUGGGAUGUUUGAGUGAAGCGACCCUUCAAGGCUGACGUAGUGAAAACAUGAACACGCCUUCUCUGCCUCAGCCGGCGAGCUUUGCUUUUAUUUGGAACUUUUUCCAGAGCACCCAAACAUCUGCGUCUGAUUCACAGAAUAUUCUCCGUCUGACCCUUUUCAAGCUGCGUAACUAAUCCAGUCCUGUGGAUUAGUUGAGUGUCAUUGAAGAAAGGGCUAAAACCCAGACAACACCUGUUAAUCUCUUCAAGGUAGAAAGAACCUGACAGAACCUGAAUCUGUUCCCCACACGGGGCUGUAAUUCAUUCACCGUGCUCAGAUUGGCUCGUUAGACUGCAGCAUGAACGAUGACCUACAUUCAGGCUGCAGCUCGUGUAUCUGAAGAUCUAUCUAACUAAUCUGUAAAUCACUUAAUCUCAGACAGAAAACACAGACGACUAACGCUGUCAGUCACUUCACCAGGUCAGCCUCUGCAGAUGACUGAACCUCUGUGUAUUCUUUUUACAAUAAAAGUUUUUUUAAUCGUC